CCUGACAGUGUCAAGUUGAUAUUCCAGUCUGCCCGUGGCUUCCUCCCUGGCAAUCCAUGGUUUGAUGGCAUUCGCCCCAAUCACUCCGUCUUGCGCCUGUGUAACCCGGUGACUCGGCCCCGGGAGGGGUUGGUUUAUAGUCGAUUGCAAGUCCCCGCGACAAGGCACGAGCAAUCCCCCAAUUCCACCAUGCAACCACCUACCAUGCCUCACAACAUCCUCAUCGUCGGCGCCGGCAUCGCGGGCCUUGCCAGCGCCAUCUCCCUCUCCACGGAGCUGGGUUCCGUCAUCCCUGAUCUCCACAUCUCCGUCUUCGAAGGCGCCCCGGCCCUAUCUGCCUCGGGAGGCGCCAUCAGUCUCACGCCGACGGCGCAAAACUACCUUGAUAAGCUGGGCGUCUUAUCUGAGCUCAAUCGCAUGGGCAGAGAAGCUGGCAUCGAAGUCGACUUGAUCGAUCUCUUCUCUCUCCGCUCCGGGCGCAAGCUGGGGCCCCUCAAAUUCACCGACGAAAACGGCCGAGGAUACGGGGGCUACAAGGGCCGGCGAGUGAUGCGAAAUGCCCUCUCCCGCGCCAUGCUCUCGGUCCUCGACGCUCACUCUCCCACCGUCUCUGUCUACUUCAACAAGAAAGUCGUCGGCGGCACGACAACCGACUCCUCCGUUACCCUAUCCUUCGAAGAUGGCUCCUCCGCUACAGGCGACCUCGUGCUCGGUUGCGACGGCGUCCAUUCUAUCACUCGCACCCGCAUUGUCGACCCCGGCAACCGCUCCGAAUACACCGGCAUCUCCUUCAUCCAAAGCGUUACUGACGCCUCCGCCCUCUCUCUCCCUAUGCACUUCGAUCAAACCGCCGUCCAUCUCACCCGCCACAGCUCCCUCCUCACCAGCUACUGUGACCCAGCCCGCGAGAAGAUCUUCUCCGCCGCCAUCCUCCGCGUCAACGAACAUCUGAUCGAACGCUACCAAGCGACCUCGAAACUCGGGUUUCCCGAACAAGCCAGCAUGAAGAUGUCCAUCCGGUAUCUCGUGCGCACCCAAUUCGCCAAAUCCGCCCUUCCGAGCAUCCGCGAACUCAUCGACACCAUCGAAGAUUGGGCCUUGUACCCGGUAUAUCAGGUCCGACAACGAGGGAAAUGGCACAAGGGUCGGAUUCUCCUGCUCGGGGAUGCAGCUCAUGCGAUGCCGCCCCGAGACGAAUCCGCCGCAUACUCCAUCGAAGAUGCCCUCAUAUUCACCCAAAUCCUCUCCCGCAACCUGCACGCUUCCCUCCCCACAACGUUCCAAGAAUACGAGUCCCUACGGCGCGAGCUCGUCAAUAAAGCCUUUGAUGCCUCCCGCCGUCUCUGGCAGAGCGAUCUCGACAAAGGCUUGUUUCCGGGCCAUGUGCGGGAUCUCAUGUCGCCGGUGCAUUUGCCGCCGGUAGGGAUUGCUGCCGCCCCCGCGACGGUGGUGACGGGGAGACAGAGACAGGUAUUACCGGCGGCCACGCACCAGAGUUUCUCGGAUUUGUCGGUCUACUCGUUGACGAGGGAAUUUCAAGGAGAGAUUGAGUCUUAGCGGGAUGACAAUAGACCGGAAGAAAAGGGACGGGUUAGAGGUGUUAAAUAGGUAUCAUUUAGGGUUUCUGUUCUUGCGGGUACAUAAUGUUUAUUCAUGGGUAGAGGGCGGGACAUGGGAUCUCUAGAUAGAAAUGAAG